AUGUUGCUCCACGAGCAUUUUCCUAUGCAGAAACUAGAGCAGGCAACCAGUGGUUUCAAAGAAGCGUUAGGGAGGGGGGCAUUUGGAACAGUAUUUAAAGGGAUAUUGGCAGAAGGUCAGAAAGUGGUAGCUGUUAAGAGACUAGACAAAGAAUUGGUAGAAGGGGAAACAGAGUUCCAAACUGAAAUAAAAAUCAUUGGAAGGACACAUCACCGAAAUCUAGUCCGCCUCCUUGGUUAUUGCCUGGACAGAUCCAGAAGGCUUCUGGUGUAUGAGUACAUGACCAAUGGGUCACUUGUGGACAUACUUUUUACACCAGAAAAACAGCCAACAUGGGAGGAAAGGCGGAAGUGUGUUGAUAUGAGCCUCGAUGAAAAUGAGGCAAUUCUUGAAUACUGGGUUUACAAUUGCUUUGAUGCAGGAGAGCUAGAUAAACUAGUCAGGGACGAGGAGGUUGAUAGAAGACAAUUCUAG